UGGAAAUCGCAUCACUGACUCGAAUUUGUUACGGCGUGUUUACGACACAAUUCAUACAAGUGAUCGUUGUACCACAUAAAUACUAGGAGAUUCUUCUACAGACAUGAUAUUGAUGGAUUGGUCUAAAUCAGUGUACUACUAGUAUCAAUCCAAUUUUGGUCUUUAUUAAUUAAGAAAGGAUCAUAUUUGCUAACACCUAAGUUUUGAAUAAUAUGGAUACACAUUUUUAUAAUAUUGUGCACAAUGCCAGUGGUACUCUCACAUUUGAAGAAGUAUCAAAUAUCUGUGCUCCUGACGGCCAACGCAUUCAUUUUGUUGUUGAGGACGUUCAUAAUAGUAGUAAUAGUUCACAACGGCUUGGGACUACACCACAAAACAGGCAGGCAAUAUUAACCCCGCAAACUAUUAAUUUAGAGAAUCAAAUAUCUACAACGCAAUUGGAACAAGGACCAAGCGUCUAUAUAAUCGAAACGAAUAAUAUACCUGAAACUCAGGAGGUAGCAAAAUCAAAUACCGUGAAUGCACAUAUUGUUAACGAAAAUAUUGUGAACAUUGCAAGUAAUACAGGUAUUAAGACAGAAUGUAAAAAUGAAGGGCAAUCAGUGUCAUUAGUGAAAAGACAAAGCGCUAAUAUUUCCAUAGCGAAGCAACAUGCAUUGUUAGAUAAAAAUCAGACUGCCGUUUUAACUAAAAGUAAUAUAAAAAAUAAUAUCACAUCAUCACCGUCUUUUUAUGUAAAUUCGGAAUCAUUUACUCCGUGUCAGAUGGAAAAAAAAUUAAAUAUUAAAUCAUGUCAGAUUAAAAAUCGACAGUUAACAAAUAACGUUGUGGGUAUAGUAUCUCAAACUCCAGAUGGAAUAAAAGUAGUAACUACGAUGGAAAACCGAAUUCAAAAUUCUAAUACAACAGGUUCUAAAUCUACGCUGUCUGUCGGUAAAACUAUCGGUUCAUCAAGACAAAUUGUAAUAAAACCUGUUGUUCGUACUCCUAAUUCGAAUAUCCCUCACGUGCGACCAGUGGCAAUAGUUCCUCCUGAAAUUUCUAAAACAACAAUGAGAAUACAAUCCCCGGAUAUGAAACACUUAAAUGAGGAAAUAAAGCAAGCCAAAUUUAAACUGUUAAAACAACAAAUCGAGAAACAAAGGUUUUUGCAAAAUAACACACGACAACUCUCUCAUACUUUGCAGCAUGUUCAUUCCCCGUCGCAUAAUCCCACGCGUCAUUUAAUAAGUUCUACGCAACCAAGAUCGCGGCAGAUUUCAAUCUCUACACAACAAGUAUCGAAACCAGCCGUGAUAGCAUCAGUUCCUUCAUCAACUGAACGUAAUACACCCGUUACUAAUAUUGAUAUGGAAGUCAGUUCUUCGGAACUUGUUAAGGAGAAAGGGCACAGUAAGCAACAGUCUUCUUCACCACAAUUACAUGAAAAAUAUCCACCUGAAAACAUCGCUUACUAUAAAAACUCAGUUAAUGAUCCAGAAAGUACUAUAGUUCAGCAACACGUUAAAGGAAAUACUGCAAAAAUGUUAGUGAUGUUACCUACAGGAGAACAGAGACUAAUUACGUUUGAUAUACCGAACGAGGAUUGUACUGUACACGACCUACUGGAACAGGUGGAUAUCCCUGAUGAAACACAAGUUUCCUUGGUGGAUGAUCCUGCACUAGGUAUAAACUACAUAGUAGAAGCAAAAGAUCCCGCGGUGCUUUCAACAUUCUGCGAGGGUACUGAUAGCGAUUGUAAUUCUACUCAGGAAAUCGUGAGCUCUACUGCGAACAUUGAAAAUUCAUCCCAAAAUACCAAUGCAUCUGAUGAAAAUAGUAACACCUCUUCACAAACUAUUGAGGAACCUAUUUUGGUCGAAGGAAUGCUUGCUCUCUGUCCACACUGCGGAUACAGUUCACUAUACUUCAACCGAUGUGAACGAUGUAAUACAAAACUUGAUGGAGUCAAGUCAAUACCCAUACCAGAAAAAAAGGAAGCUGGGAUGUCUGUCGAUGUGUUUUAUAAAAAGAACAACGAACGAAAUACUACAAAAUCAGAGAAAACAGACGGUCCCAAACGGUCUAAAGGAAAAGCUAAAGGUACACCUUCCAAAUCAAAGCCUAUUCAUAAAGAGCCAGAAUGUUUGACAAUAUCUUCUGACGAAGAAGAAGAAGGCAGACCUAAAAAAAUUGGAAGCGUUAAUAAUAACGCAGUAGUAGGCAACGCGAGUAACACAUUUAACGAGGAUAUAAACACUAUUGUGGAUAAGGAACCAAUAAUUACAAAUACUUCUGUUUUUAAUUUAUACGACGAUAUUAUGGAUAAUGAAGAAAAUAGUAAAGAAAUAUAUGAAAAUCAUAACUUUUUUGAUAUUGGACAAUUACCACAAACUGCUCUAGAGUGUCGAACGGUCAGAAUAGGUUCUUAUAAAUAUAUUCCUCGGGAAAAAGUAGUAAUUUCUCAUAGUGGUAUAAGAUUUAGGGUACCAUUGUUAGAAGAUGAUUCAAGUUUUGUUACUUUGGACGUGAAGUAUAAAGAUAUAGUUAAGCUUUUAAUUCAUUUUGGAAAGACAAUGCCAGUACUAUUCUUUUAUACAUCUAUAAAUACAGGAGCCACGAUACGUGAAUUAUUAGGAAUGCAAGAUCCAAAGGGACCAUAUUAUGAUCCUGCUGGAAAAGAUCAUACGCAUAAACGUAUUACAUUAUUACCUGACAAGUUACCGGAAGAUUCGAAGGCAAUAUUAACAAGCUUAUUCUCACGAGGAGAUAAAAUAGACGAAUUAAGUCCUAAAGAAGCUAACGAUAUACUUAUACGAGCAUCACCAAGAGAUUGUUUACAAUCACAUAAUGUUACACGGAAACAGAGUCAAAACGUAACAAAUACUACUGCUGUCAGUGAUGACAUACAAACAAUAACUGUAUAUCCACCACCUCCUGCAAAAGGGGGAAUAGCUAUCAACACUGAAGAUUACUUAUGUCUUGCAGAAGAUCAGUUUUUAAACGAUGUCAUUAUAGAUUUUUAUUUAAAGUAUUUAACCUUAGAGGUAUUAUCCGAAUCUGAUCAACAUAGAACUCACGUGUUCAGUUCGUAUUUUUACAAACGUUUAACUAGCCCACAUGCCCAAGCUACCGAAAGCACCAUGCCAAUGACACCUGCCGCGAAACGACACGCAAGAGUACAGAAGUGGACGAAAAAUGUCAAUAUAUUUGAAAAAGAUUUUGUUAUAAUUCCCAUAAACGAACAUGCUCAUUGGUUCUUGGCUAUUAUUUGCUUUCCUGGGCUAGUUGGAAAAGUAUCCACCUGUACUGCAAAAAAUAGCGAAAACUAUAUUAAUAAGACUCCACAAAAGAGUAAAAAAGUAAAAGAGUUAAAAUCAAAAGCUGUCACAAUUGGCUCUACAACAAUCACUCCUGUACCAACGACUAUAACGAUAGAUCAACUAGAUGAUGAUGGAUCAGAGAGGGACGAAGCAGAAGGCGACGAUGAUGAAAUGGAAAUGGACAGUGACGAAGAGGACGAGGUAGACCAACCGGAAGAAAAUAAAAUCCAAAUUAAAAUCGAAGAGCAGAAGGAAACUGUCAGGAAUCCCUGCAUAUUGAUAUUCGACUCACUUGCUGGUGCUAGUAGAUCACGGGUGGUUGCUACAUUAAGAGAUUAUUUAAGUUGCGAACAUGUUGCCAAACUUGGUGUAGAAAAAACAUUCUCGAAAGAUACUAUUAAAGGAGCGUGUCCAAAAGUACCCCAACAAUCAAAUUUUACUGAUUGCGGAUUAUAUGUUUUACAUUACGUGGAAAGUUUUUUUAAGGAUCCCAUUAAAGAUUAUACUUUACCAAUUAAAACUUUAAAAACAUGGUUCGAGGAAAUUGUCGUAACGAGAAAAAGAGAAGAAUUAUCAAAUUUACUAAUUAAAUUGAUGAACACUAAAGGGAGUAAAACUAUUAAUUUGCCUAGUGUAAAUUUUCCCACACAAGAUGGCAAGUUAAAACCGAAGGUUGAAAAUCAGACAGAUGUAAAGACUGCAAAGUCGGAGUCCGAAAAUAAUAAAAGAAAAUCUACGAGUGAUGCAGAUGCACGAAUGCUCACGUUUGUGAAAGAAAAUAGUGAAUCAACUAAUGAAGGUGUUAGUAGAACUUAUCAGAUCAUUCCUUAUUCUCUGAGUUCUAAUUCGUCUGAGAAUAAUUCUACGGAAACAUUGACGGAACAGAAAAUAAGGAUAAUGCCUGGAUCAAUAGACUUAAUAGUGUCUACAGCGUACAUUGGAGUCACGAUUUGGAUAGCGUAUUGGCUAAGACGAUAUGCAUUAUUUUAUCUAGAUUCUUAUCCCCUCACAAAAACUUUGGUUUUUGAAUUCAUAGCUACAGCAGAACUUUGCGGAGCUUGUUUCGAGCUUAUUAUAAUUGCGGACAAUUGGGGAGUAUGGAUGUACGCGCUUUAUUUGUUUCUACUGACAAUCUGGUGGUCGAUAAACUGGGAUGAAGCUUCAGCAUGUCCUUAUAUACACAUGGAGGAUAUAGUAAUACGUAAAAAGCCUUUGAUUGUCGCGUUUUUAUCGAUAUGUGCAGAAUUGGCCGGCGGUCUCCUUAUAUUUAAAUACGUCCAAAUAUUGUGGGCGUUCCAAUUUGCUUCUACACACAAGAACAGAGCCUAUGGCGAUUGCACUACAGAUUUGCAGGUGUCCGCUAUAAUUGGAGCGCUUGUGGAAUGCAUUGCAACGUGUGUAUGCAGAGUAGUAUCUCGAGUACUGGGUGACUUGAACCCGAGGUUUAGCAUGGUUAUCGAUGCCUUUGUAGGCACGUCUUUGGUAGUUGCAGCUUUCAAUUACACCGGUGGUUACUUCAAUCCUGCAUUAGCAACUUCUCUAAAAUAUGGUUGUUUGGGAACCUCGUCCAUGGAGCAUGUGAUAGUUUAUUGGAUUGGAGCAUGCAUCGGGUCAAUCGCUUCUUUGCACGUGUACCGUAUGCCGUUUGUACAAAAUUUCAUUCAAGUACAGGAAAGUACAGAUGUCAUUUAUUAGAUGAAGUUCGAUGGAAUUAUUAUUUCCAGGAGAAUUUAAAUAUUUGUGGUUUAUAAUCAUAAUCAUCAGUAUUCCUUUAA